CAAAAAAAGCUUGUUCGGUCUUGUCAUAAACCGAAAUCUUUGCACGGUACCUGUUGUGUUAGAAUUAGAAAAUAACGUCACGAAUGUAAUAACCAAAAACUAAUACCAGUGAAAGAAGAAUUCAAUAUUAGGGAGAGAAAACAUACUGUGGAAUGCCAACUGUGUUAACCUUCUCACAUUUUGUGUUUGUACAAAUCAACGAAGAUGGGCCCUUGGUAGCCUUAGAAUGGCACUCACUGCAUGCAAUAUAGUACCAAGAAGAGCCAUGCACAACAUCAUCAAUUGUAGCCGUGCACUCAAAAAAGGCAUCCUGCAUCAGUUUAUAAUCAUGUGAUUAAAAUAUAGUAGCGUUUCAAAAUGAGAAAGUAAUAUAGCUUUACUUUUACCUUUGCAGAUUCUUGAGUCAUGUAUGAGAAUAUAUCUGCUAUAGUCAGUGUCUCACGCUUAGUGAUGACGUCUGCGAUAACCUGAUUAGCAAUCUCGGGGUUGGAGCUCAGCCUGAAACAAAACGUAAAGCAGUGUUUAGUCAUUCACUCCUAUAAGUGUAAGUGUACGCUUCAGAUAAACUGUAUAGAAUAGAUGAUGAAGACGGGGAUACAUACCAAGAGAAAUAAUCCCUGGUUGGUUGGACAUCAUAGUCCAUGAACACCCGUGUGGAGGACAUAGAAGCCAGGGCAAGGGUACCUGUUCAUCGCCAUUAAAAAGGAUUGUGUGAAACUUAGAAGCUAAUGAUAAAGAAGAAAAACAUUUUACGAAUGGUAAAUAAGCUAGAAUGGUUAAUAAGUUGCUGACCACUUAAGAGACAUGUCACAAUUAUCACUCAAAAAAUGAGUCUAAAAAGCUAAAUAAUUACCUCCGAGACGCUUGGUGUUAACAGUUGUGACCAAAAGCACUGUGGGAAUGCUUUUACUGGAGUUGAAUUUCUUGCAGAAGUCUGCUGCAGCCUGGUCCCAAAGGUAGAGCUUCAUCACAGGUCCACUGCAAAAAUAAACUCAUAGGGAUUUAAGAACUACUGAGAGAUGAUUACUUGGAAUAAAGAACACACUUACUCAUGUGACUGCACAUGAAUCAUAAUGUGCCGAGCGGUAGCAAUCUUCACAUCGUCAAGGCUGGGACGUGCAAGAAGAGUCUGUCCAUCGACCAGUUUCAUGUGACCAACAACAUCUAUAACAUUUUCAUGAAAAGAGUAAGUUAGAAGACUAAUAAAACUCUAUAAACCAAAUAUUUCAACUACUUAUUUAACCCUAAAAUUCUAGAUUUCUUUACCUAAACAGGAGGAUAGACUAACAAACUACAUACAAAGCAAUGAAACUGAGAGAUGAUUUGUAAAACCAAUAUGCUUACCGUAGAGGUCACCUUUGAGAUCACAGUUGGCUUCAAAAUCUUCGUAUGAAUGAAACCUGAAACGGUCUUCACCAAAAGAGAUGGGAAUCUCGUGAAGAACCGACAUUUCAGAGUUCCAUGUGAAAGACACGGUUGCGACAUGAUCAGCAACGCGAUAAACCGGUUUGUUUUUCGACCCGUAAAAGUUGAUGAGUUUGUAAACUGAUCCACGUUUCAUAUCAGGCAAGUACUUCUUAAUUCGUCCCGGUGGGAUGAAUCCUUGAAUAACAGUUCCCUGAUGUCGGGAAAAAAAUACAAACCAUGAAAUGAGAAUCAGAAUGAAACCUCAGAAAAUAACGAAACCGGAAGUAAAACCUAUACAAAACUAACAGUUCCCUGAUGUCGGAAAAAUUACAAACCAAAAAAUGAUAAUCAGAAAAAAACCUCAAAAAGAGUGAAACCCGAAGUAGUAAAACAGAUACAAAGCUAACAGUUUCAUGAUGUCGGAAAAAAAAUUACAAACCGUGAAAUGAGAAUCAGAAUGAAACCUCAGAAAGAAUAAAACCCGAAGUAGUAAAACAGAUACAAAGCUAACAGUUCCCUGAUGUCGGAACAAAAAAAUUACAAACCGUGAAAUGAGAAUCAGAAUGAAACCUCAGAAAGAAUAAAACCCGAAGUAAAACAGAUACAAAACAAACACUACUUUAACUAUUAACCAAGCCUAGAAGAAAACGUCUAAAAUAAACGCUAGCUUAAAAUUCCCAGAAACAUAGAUCUGACAAACUGGAAACUUUUUUUAGAAUAAUCGACGCACCUGUUCGUCGAUGAGGAGCAUUUCGAGGCCAAUCAGUGUUUUCUUCACCGGGUUCCGAGCCUCCCAGAAAUGGAUUAGCCGGAAGCGUAGCUGAGUCUCGUGUGGACCCAGAGAGACAUCCUUGAAGAACAUGACCUCUUCAUCGGAGCCGGAGGAGGCAAGAGACUUCCCAUUUCGUUUCAUCGCCAUGGAUCGAGAUUUGAGUGAUUCUAGGGUUUUGGAUGAUACGAAAUAAAGAAGAUCAGUAUAUAAAGAAGGAGGAUGAGGAUGAAAAGGGGGAGGUGAAACGAAAUCAUUAUGGAGGUAUUGAUUGUGUAGAAGUGGCUCGAUUAAAUCGCGGUUUCUCUGCUCUUCGAUCCGAGAAGACGAAGAGGGAGAGGCGCUGAGAAUCUCGUUUCACCGAUGGAUUCUUCGAGGUUUCAUCAAAACGACACAAACAACACAAAACUCUGUGAAGCCCAGAACGCUACGGUUUAGCCCACAACACUUCGAUGAAGCCCACAACACUUCUCAGAAACCCACACCGCGAGCCCGGGAUGAUGUGUCACAUAAAACGCUUCUGAUUGGUUUGAAUAAAAAAUCUGACGUGGCACUCUGUAUGCUCUCUAUAUACUGCUUUUAGUAUUGUUAGAUUACUGUUUGUUCUUGGAGAUGGGUCCUUUCGUCAUUAAAGAGGCUUUAUAUUAGUUAUGGAGGAAAGGGGGAAGAGGAAGAAGAUUGAAUGAAUGAAUAAACUUUUAUAAAUUAUUAGUCAAAAGACCAAUUAAAAUAGAUCUUUUUUAUAUCAUCAGACAUUUUUCUUAGUGAUAUACUGUAUUUUUUGUUUUUAAUAAUAAUAUACAAUUAAAUUACUUUUUCUGAAAAAUAAAUAAGCGAAAUGAGAAAGAUGGAGAGGGACGUGAGAAUGAAAGAGACAAUGGAAAUUUGCAGAUCGUUUCACAUAUAGACAAUGCUUUCAGAUAAAGCUUUUAUUAUUGUCAUCUUCUUAUCUACAUAUAUAUAUAUAUAAUGUGUAUCUGUCAUCUGUGACUGUGUGUGAAACAUAAAUAUUACAGUGGGUUUUAUGUGAUUAGAACAUUAAUUUAUCACUGACAGUAAAAGGACUGUCAAUAAAAGUGUACCUUUUAUCGACAGUGCACAAAUUUUUUGCUCAGUAUAUUUAUCUUCUGUAGAAAAUAUAACCGUUGGAAUCAAACUCAAAUAAUCCCACUAUAUAAUAGGGACUAAUUUUGGAGCUUUUAAAAAGUGCCACAUAGGCAAAAAAUUCCAGACCAAUCGUUUGGCCACGUCACUGGCAACCCAUACCAGGAAAUCGUUUAUGCAGCCCAGCCCGUUAACCGGUUUCGUUUGCGAAAAUCGUUAAUUCAGUCCAGCCCGUUAACAGGCUUUUAUCCUACAAUAUUAUCCUCGCCGUUUACCAGCACGUGCCUUGCAACUUGCUUUGGCAUAUACGCGUAUCUAUCUUUGUAAACCGAAACAUAAUUGAGAUUCAAUUUGAGUUAAACCGGGCCGAACAAAUUCAACCGGUUAUAAUCUAAUCCUCUCUCAUAAACCCUAAAUUCCCAAAUCAGAUUCUCACGCGACCUUUCUCUCGACUUUUUGCUUCCGGUGUCAAUCUUUCGCUGAUUCUAUACAGAUUCCGUAGAUCUCCAGUUCGUUGCAUCUGCUCGUGAUCUGAGUAAGUAUAGCUUAUCUCUUUUGAUUCAUGAAAAGCCCACUUUCGUGGAUCAAUCUGCUCGAAUUAUACUGUAAUUUGCUUGGUUUCUUCAUGCCUAAUGUUAGUUAUUGAUAUAGCUCUAGAAAGUUGGAUGCUUUGAAUCUGGGUCUUUGCCUAUCCCUUAGUUAUGUGUUUGGUGUCCUUUAGUUGUUAGAAACGAUUGUUAUCAUCAUAUUAGCUUUGGAUCUAAAAGUUCUCUGUUGUUCCAUUUUGUAGGCAGUGUGUCCGUCUUUUUGCUGUUGGGCCAGAUUAAAAAAAUUCCCAAGCCCAUUCCAUUACCCGUUUACGAAGGCUUAAGCACUCUCAUCCUCGCAGUUAACCCUAACCCCGUCUCCCCCAUUUCUCUUACGCGCAUGGCGAUUCUCUUCAUCUCCCCCAAAUCUCCCCGCAAAACGCCUCCGAUGAAAAGGCUUGAACUUCAAUGUUCUCCAUUAAAGCCUCCAAUCAAUAUCAUGACGGGCUUUCCACAUCCCCUCUGCCUUAAAUCUAUCUUCCUAUUUAUACUGAUCUCCCUUACCUCAUAUCAUCCCUUCAAAUCUCUUACCUCAGAUCGUUAGCAAAAUACCCUAAUCAUGUCGAAAGAGACCGCAAUCCGCACGGGCGAAUCUUCUCCUCCCCUCCUCUUCCGACAAGUUUCACCCGGACCCGGCGAUUCGACCCUGCAGUUUCGUCUUCUUCAUUUCUGGGAUGCUCGGAAGAAUGUCAAAGGAGGACCAGGGAUCAUUCUUGGGAUCGAGAUGCUGAUGAUCGAUGCGGAGGGUACUUUGGCUCAGGGGUUCAUCGGUCAGAACCGUCGCAACCAGUAUGAGAAAGAGCUCCAGCGUGGGAGCAUCUACACGCUGACAAACUACUAUGCAUCCAACAACAAGGUGAUGUACCAUGUUGCUGAUCAGAGGCUGGUCAUUUGCAUCUCACACGCUUCUGCCCUGUCGAAGGAUGAAAAAGACAUUGAAGGCAUCUUGAGACAGCGGUUCAGGGUCCGUUCCUUCACAGAAUUUGAAGCCAACUGCGAUCUCAGAGGCGAUCUUCACGAUGUGGUUGGCCACCUUAAGCUGGUUGAUGGCCAGGCUCUCCAUGAGCGUCCUGUUUUGUGCACCAAUGAUGACUCAGCUUCUCGGAAAGUGAUGGUCCAUCUGCAGCUUAAAGACGGUCCAGUGAUGAACGUCUAUCUAUGGGAUGAGGCCGCUGAAAGUUUCCGCCUCAAGUUUGACGGAAGUGCAGUCACUCCAACUGUUCUAUUGGUCACAACGGUGAAUCCUAAGAGGCUCGGUGGGAAAUUGUGCCUAAGUUCAAUGUCCUCUUCAAGAGUGUUUUUGGAUGAAGAGGUUGACCACACGAAGGAAUACUUGGCGUGGUUGGCCACGAACCCUUCUAUAACUUCUUUGGUCAACCCUGUUGAGGUUGUCAAAGCUGAGACUCUCACCAUAGGUGAGAUUGCCGCCUUCCUCAAGCAUCAGCCUGCUCAGGUUGCCUACUUUGACUGCAUUGCCACAAUUGAUGAUGUCAAGCUUGGCACUGAGUGGUACUACAUUGCUUGCAAAGAUUGCCAGACCAAGUUAAACCGUGGGCCUACAACGUUGGUUUGUCCAAAAUGCAGGAAUGAAGAUGCUACUGCAGUAGCCAACUAUCGGGUGGAGCUGUCUGUCUAUGAUAAUGAUGAGCAAUGCACGUUCAUCAUUCUCGGAGAUGCUGGGAAGGAUCUCACAGGCAGGAAAGCAACAGAGUUGAUCGACGCUUAUGUUCAGGAAAAUGGUGGAGUUGCGGCUGAGCUUGAAGUUCCCGUUCCACAGUGUUUCAUUGAUACAAUAGGCCAGACAAAGAAAUUCAGGAUCAAGGUGACUGACUACAACUUCACUUCUACCAAACUGUCUUUCACAGCUACCAAGAUCAUCUCAGCAGCAGAGUUACCACCAAAGAAUCCCCCACUCCAGACGCCACCAGUAACUGAAGUGGCAAACACAGAGUUGGCUGAGAGUAGUGGUGGUGGUCCUUCAGCUAUUGACGACCAGAAGGAAGCAAAGCGUACCAAGCGUAGUGGCUAGAUCACAUGCAGAACUGGUACUCCAUCAGUGGCUGGUACAGACUGCCCAGUCAGGAUGAUUCUCUAAUAACAGUCUACUUAUCUCUCUUUAAACAGUUUGUUUUUGCUUCUUGCUGAGACAGUUUAGUAUUGGAGUUGGUUUGGUUUUCUUAUUUGAGUUGUUUGGAUUUUAUUCACAACUUCGUUAUGAAGUUUAAGAAUGAUCAACAUUAUCAUAUUAAAGUGGUUUGAUUUUCAUUCCUAACUUUUUUGAGUUGUUUGGUCAGCAUGCAUUUUUCAUACGUACACGUUCGUAAGAACCAAAUGCAUGCAUGGAUCAUGGAUUGUUUAAUGCCCAUACUCAAUUGUUAUAUUAUUCUUCUACGUGGUCUACAUUUUAAUCAAAUUAGGACAACUGUAAUUUUAGCUGACAUUUCAUAUACGUAUGGUCAUAUUUUGAAUGUCAGUUAUGAGUCAAAUAGUAUCUAUUGCAUUUAUUAAGAAUUUAAUUUCAUAUAUUCUGCCAUUAAGUUAAAUCAAUGUCGACAUUUAACAUAUGAGAUAUUCGUUUAAGCGCUUAAUUAUUUGAUUCGUUUAGGCGCUUAGUCAAAAUAACAUCAACUAUUCUAAUCUCAAAAACACAAGUCCAUCUCCCCUUACUUUGCAAAAAUUCACGACCCACUAAGCAGAUUCAUUUCUAUCAAACCGUGGAAGUUCUUCAUCUUCAAAAAGUAAUCCGCGUAAGUGAUUUUUUUUUUAUGAGGAGAUGAUUAGAAAGUGCAAAGAUUAUUUGUUUUGAUAUUCUUCUUUUUGUUAAAGGAACAGUUCCCUCAACACCAUGGGCAAAACAACCUCCAAAGAUCCUCCACUUCUAGGAGGUAUUUUGAAUUUAUAAAUUCAUUUUUGAAUUAAGACCUUAUUAUUAUUGAUAUAUUUAAUUAAUACUUUAAUCCAAAUCUCUAAUAAUAACCAAAGGAUUUUCUUUACAGCAUAUAGGUCUCGAGGCUAGCUAGAUUUUGUCAAAUAAAAUGUAUUAUUGUUAAGAUAUAAUAUAGAGGUUGAAACAAAUGGUGUAUUAUUGUUACUGUUGCUAUAUCAUUUUUACCUUUUAAACAUUAACAAACGUUAUUAAUUCCUACUUAAGCUUCAAGAUAGUCUGUCUGUUUUCAAAUUGACAAGAAUUGUUUUUAAAUUUUUUCUUUAUAAUGAUAUUUUUACAAGUCUCCAUGAAAUGAUGUUACGGUGUACCUCAAAAUAAAGGCUUUGUAUUUUUAUAUAUAAUUGAGUGUAUCAUGAUAUAAAUGCGAAUGGUUAUCACCUUUUGCCCAAACGUCAAUAAACUUUUUCACCAAAUAAUCUUUGAAUUUAGAUCUAAGAUGUUAAUAUUUACUCUCUUUGAAUAUAGGUCAGUAAAUAUUCCCAAAUAAUCUUCGAAUGCUUUAAUCAGCUCGAAGUUGUUUUAGUGUAUUGAUUUUUGGUAGAUGUAUUAUUAUAAAAACGUGUUGUUCGAGCAAAAAAAUAUUGUCUUACAGAACAAAAUAUAGCAGAGUUAUUUUGCUAAUUUCGUAGUCUUUAAAAAUAAACAAUAAUGAAGGUGAUGUCUUGAAGUGAAAUAUUUAAAAAGUAAAUAACUAAAUAUUUUCAGACUGACAACAGAAAUCCUACAACAAAAAAUUUUAUUUAUUUUUUUAAUUUUCAAAAUAACACAUCAUCAGAACUUAUUAUUCGAACAAUACUAAAUUUUAAUGAAUAAUAAAUAACUAUUUUAACACAUGUUGACAUUACUCCUAAAAUUAUUAGUAUUAUAAUUCCUAGAAGAUGUUUAUAAGUGUUUGCAAAUGUAGAUUUUCCUAUUACGUAGAAGAUGUUUUUAGUUUUAUAAUUCUAAUUUACAUCCUAUUAAUUUAUCAAGUUCUGUACGUAAUACAAUUAUUUAAUAUAUUGUGUACUCUUUAUAAUCAUAACUUAAUAUUUUAAUAUAAUCUUCUCACCAAUAUCAGAGUCAUCAAGUUCAAACACAACGAAGCGUAAACGUGGACGGCCGCUAGGAGUACGAAACAAAGUAAAAGGUUUGUACAAAAUUUAAACACUCAAUUCAUCAAUGUUCUAUAUAAUUUACUUAUUAAAACCCCAAACAUAAUAGCGACAUGUCUCGACUACUUGGUCCAACUUUUAUGAUUUCAUCUAUUUAUUGUUAUUCUUCCCGAACAGCUCCAGCUGCAGGAAUGAUGCCACAACAUUUUGCCCCACAAUACUUUGACUGUGAGUUAUCCAGCUAUAUCACACAAAAAAACAAAUUCUAUAUUAAUAUAUUUAUGAUGGUUUGUGAUUAUGCUAAGUUGACACAAAUAUUUUACUAACAAUGCUUUUAUGGGUAAACAUUUUACCCUCUAUAGGUGGCUGCGACAUUUGCGCGUUAUACGGUACAAGAUUCAAAAUGAUAACAUUUGCCUUUUUGUUAAAUAUACCAUCUCAUUAUUAACACAUAAUUUAAAUGUGAAUACAUGCAGUGGCAAGAACAAAUGCCCGUGCCAUGCGAAGGGCAAUAUUACUAUCGAAACGUACAUCAAGAAGGAUAGAAGGUAACCAUAAAAUAAUACAACUACAACUUCACAAUAAAAUAAAUAAAUUAUGUGGAGUAACCAACAACAAGUUUUUUUAAUAGGACCCAGCGCAGCUACGCCCGCACGAAAUCAUCGAAUCGGCAGAGCUAAAGGAAAAGGUACAUAUUUUCCUACUUUAGAUACAUUAUAUGUUUACCUAUUAAACCUCCAGCACAACUAAAGUAAAUUAAAGUGGACAAUUCUCAUAUAUAGAAUAUUUUCGACUUUUGGUCACAAAAAUUGACCCCACAAGGAAAAUCACCAAAAUAUCAUCAAGAGUCAUGGAGUCUCCUAUGUCUCUCAUGUCUCUUACAUACUUUGUCUAAUACCCUUAAUAUUUAUUUAAAAAAAUCAAACAAAUUAUCUUAAACCAUUAUUUUACAAUAACAUGUUCUCAUAUUUGAAGUUACAAAAAAAAAAAUAUAUAUAUAUAUAUUGUAAAUUGUGACGCUUUGACAAUAGUUUAACAAAUUAUUUUAAAUAUUGAUUUCCCACCUAUUGAUAUUUAUCAAUUAAUUUACAUAAUUUUAAACUUCGAUCCCCAAUACUGACCUCUUGAUUCUUACCAAUAAGUUUCAAAUUAGGUUACCCAAUGAAUAUAUUUACAUGCCUAUUUUCUAAUGAAACAUUUUUCCUGUGAUUUAAAUAUGAAGAUAGGUACAAAUUCUUUUUAAUUAAGGAAUCGUUUAGAGAAAUCU